GGACAAACUUCCAAGGUCGAGUCAAGCGGGGGCCCCACGGGGAGUGCUGCCUCCUCCGCCGCAGCCUUGUCAUCUCACCUUGACUCACCGGUCCUUCGAAAAUAUAAUCGUAUAAGCUCCCACAUCGACCCGGAGAUAGCAGAAAGAUCGUAUCCAGGGAAAAAAUCUUUACACAACAACAGAUGGAGUCGCUACCGUCACGCACGAUCCGAAGGAGAACGUUCCCCUUCACCCCGAAACGUUCAGCCCCAGAACCAUCCUCUCCAUCCUCUCCAUCAUCUUCCCUCAAAACCUCCGCGCGGAAGCGGGCUGUGCCUGCGUUCUCUCUGUCUCCUCUACAUCUGCCAGCCCCUUCUCCUCAGCUCCGUGAAGCCUUCUGUGACCAUCUUCAAAACUGGGCGAAUUCGCCAAAUCGUUCUCCCCAAGACUUUCGCGGUUGGGUUUGUUUAUCCGGUGACAACAGGACGUACGAGCUUGGGAAACCGAUCAAGUGCCUUAUAAGACUAGAAGAGUCGAGACAAGUCAUCAAAUCUGUUUUGAAACUGUAUUGGCGGGUUACUAGACCUCGUCGAAAGUCCCGCCUGUUCGCCUGCACCACGUUAUCUGAAUCUGCCUCGGAGGAGCUCAUCCCGGUGUCAGAGACGGGGAGAUAUGUUGCCGUAAUGCGAAUAGCAUCAGGAUGGGCUCCCGAGGAGGAUUGGACCAAGAUGCUGGCUGGGAAAUCGAGCAACCCGAAAGAUGAAGUGGAGGAGGUUGACGUCGAUCAAUGGAUAUUCGUCGGAAAACCGUUCCCCCUCAUGGACCUACCGAAGGAAAUGAGGUUAUUAAUCUACCAACAUGCCCUGAUCAAACCGAACAAGUUUUUCUUUAACGACUGGAGGGUUGACAAAAAGGGGGGGUAUCAUUGCGAUUACUUUGAAGGAGGAGACCAAUUCAUGAAGCUCUCGCUUGUAUCGUUUGACGUCCGCGAAGAACUUCACUCUUGGUUCUACAGCACGACGCUCUUCAUUUUCAACAGCGUCCCUUCUUUCUCCCAAUUUCUAUCCAACCUCACCAGGCCCGCUUUUGAGAACCUUCGCCGGAUCCAAAUUUCGUUCACCGAAAAGGACUACUACAACCUGCUCACUCCAGAACAAUUGCUCUGCGAGUUAGAACUCACCAUUCCUGACCUGGAGCGGGCAGUAAUCCGUUCAAAGCUUCCACAACUUAGAUUAGAAAGUCUCGUCAUCCGUGUCAACCAACGGCCUUCACAUAGAACGCUCAUCAUCGGUACCAUUGGCGCUCGUAGCCCAGACCCUGUGAUCCAGCUCACGCCAUGCAAAGAUGCACCAUCGAUCAUCGAUGUGGGAUGGAUCGUCAAAUCGAUCGAACGCUUCUUCAAGAACGUUCCUUACGUAUCUCGGGUUCGAGUGGAGGAUUCGAGUUGGCCCCAUCGGCCCAUCGAGGCUAUUCAAGAAUUUGACUUAUCCUGGGACGCGUACAUAGAUGCUGCUACUGACCCUUACCUGGUCAGCCCAAAGGUUCGUCAAGGGCCUCCAUCGGCCGAGGGUAUGGGAGGUCGUUUCGACAUCGGGACGAUUCUCGGUCGCUGGAUGCUGUCGAAAGAAGCGUGUUUCUGUCCAACUUUAUGCACACUGGGAAGGCAUGGUCCUCGGAACAGCUGAGUUUGACAAGCGUCAUGAGUAUACGUUUUAGCGAUGGCGUUCGAUGGCACGGGGUGCUGUCAGCUGGUGCAGCACUUCAUACGACUUUCAUUGGGGUCUUGCAUUGCCAUUAGUUGGUAAUUUGGAUCCUAUCCCUCCUUUUUCACUUUGGAAAAGUGGAUUUCCGGAAUAGUCAAUACGGGAACACUAGAUGAUUAUAAAGUUUCACUGACACGACGAACCUCACGAAUCCGACGAAGAAACGAAAUCUGAACGGCGGUGUUGUCCCAAAUGGUCUGCUGAAGACCCUUGGGGCUUGGGAAGUUGGGAGUUGGGCCGUACCAGGGCGCGUCAUCACGAGUGUUGGACGCAGCCAGGAAAUU